AUGAAGCUCUUGGCCCCCCUCGCCCUCCUCAUCUCCCUGGCCUCGGCCAACUCUCCGCGGGCAAUCAACAUCGCCAGCUUUGAGGAACAAUUUAUCAACACCAUCCCCGCCCGUUCCGUUUCGGACUCCUCCAACACCUCUUCCGUCACCCUCGUCGGUUACAAGUCCAUCCCCAUCGAGGCCGAGCAUGUCGCCGACUUCGAAAAGGACUACUACGCCAACACCUCGCUGUGGGGCAACAACCGCGUCUAUGACCGCCAGGCCCGCGCCGUGAGGGUCUACUUCCCCGUUGCCGGUGCUCUGGUCGGACUUGGCUCCCGCGGCGAGCAUGUCGAGGCCGACCUCCUUGGCCGGAUCCCCUCGGACCAGUCCGACGAGAGCCUCCCUCACGUCGGGCGAGGACUGCACGUCCUCGGACGCAGGAAGACCGAACAGGUGACGGGCGUCGAGGGCAACAUUGUCCGGGACGGCGUCAUCUACCUGUCAGAGCCGGCCAAGCCCGUUCGCCACGUUGGCCGGGCCAUCGUCUACGACUUUGGCGGCAAGGAGCUGCACUCCCACGGCGAGCACGGCCACCCGCACGUCGAGAAGCGCGCCAAGAAGAGCUGCCUGCAGAACCACAACGGCAAGAACUGCUCCAAGGCCUACGGCAUCAACAAGGGCCGCUGCAAGAUGAACUCCAAGGCCUGCAUGGACUACAACGGCCUCGUCACCGACUGCAAGAACUACUCUUCCGGCUGGAAGAAGUACAGGAACUUUGUCGACAGCGAUUGUGAUGUGUCGUUGGGCAAGGGCCACUGCUGGAACGAGAUUAUGUAAAGCUUGAUUAGGUAGCGAGGUAUGGUAGGUGGUAUGGUGGGUGGUAUGCAGAACGGAUCAUGUGCAUAUGGUAGGGUGGCAAUGGAAAGGGUCGGACACUUGGGCCCCGGGUAUUUUUGAGGGAAGGAUUGCUAAAUUGGGAAGAGGCCAUAUGGUGGGAAGGUGAC